AUGACGACAAUUCCUUCCUGGAAGAACUACGCAAUAUACAAAAACACAGAACAAAACGAGAUCUCGUCAAAAAAAGGAACAACCUCCGUUGAGGAAGACGAGGAUGACAAAUCAGAUUCGAAUGGGCGCAGGGUAUCAUGGAGUGUUACAAGUGUCACGGGACCGGCCACAUCGCUAGAAACUGUACGAAUGGAGGAGAGUCAGGCGGUCGCAACGGAGGCGGUGGCGGUGGUUCAUGCUACAACUGCGGUGAAACAGGACAUUUCUCACGCGAAUGCCCUCAGUCUCGUGACGGUGGACGUGGAGGUGGAGGAGGCUACAGAUCCCGAGGACAAGAGUGCUAUCAGUGCGGUGGGCAAGGCCACUUCGCACGUGAAUGUCCCUCAGCUGGAGGAGGAGGAGGAGGAGGAGGCUUCCGUGGUGGUCAGAAAUGCUACAACUGCGGUCGACCGGGACACAUUUCACGUGAUUGUACUGAAGGAGGAUCAAUGGAGUCGAAACGCUGCUACAAGUGCCAGGAAACAGGGAGCAUUCCGCUCUUCGAUCGCUCAUCAUGCCGCCGAUUUGUCGCCUCGGCAACGGUGGAGGUCGUUUGGCGCUUACUCGAAAGAAGCCCUGAUAAUCCCGAUCACUACGCAAAGACCGCGUACACCCCAAAGGAAACGUUUCCAUUUUUCCACUCUAACUAUGCCAUGGCUAUGUUGCCAUCGACAAAAGAAAUGCAAACGCGAAGAUCAAUACAAGGUUACCGACGAAGCGGAGGAGCAGCAACAGAGCGACGAGCCAAAAUUCUCAUGGGAACGUCGUCCACGAAUGGACAUUGACAAAUACCGUAUCCACGAUCUUGACAGUGCUACGGAGGUUCGUCGGGGUGUAGCUGGACAACCAAUGGCGAUUGAAAGUUGCAAGAACAGUAACUUAUUAGUGCUUGAUCACACUUCCACGGUAACCGUGGACGAUUGCACGGACUGCCUUAUCGUACUGGCACCAUGUGCGGGCAGUGUAUAUAUCCGUGAUUGUCAGUCCUGCACAGUACUAGUGGCAUGCCAGCAAUUACGAACUCGUGAUUGCCGCACGUUAUGUAUUGCGCUACAUUGCGCAACGCAACCAAUAAUUGAAGAAACGUCAAACGUUGUCUUUCAUCCGUUGACAUUACACUACGAUUCUAUCAUAGACGACAUGACUGCAGCACGAUUGAGUUUAUUUAACCGUCAUUCCAAUACAGUUCACGACUUCACUCCGGAAAGAGGAUCGCAGCACUACAGGAUAUGUAACGAGGUUUUAUCUUUGAGUCCUGGUCAUGUCGCCGCACUAAACGCGCAUGGUGUUUCGACGGACGUGCCUGAUUCAGCUAUUCCCUUUCAUGAACAAAGAACUGAACCGGGACAUUUCUACUAUGCUGGUUGCAGCGAUGAUGUUCCACGAUUGAAAUUCGUGGAACGAUGUCAUAAAGUUGCACAUACCGUCUCGACAACAUCUACAGUGAGCUUGGUCAAUACGUGCGAAGUGGAUCUGCAUAAACACGGCACAAAGAUACCUUUUGUCACCAAAGGAUUUGGAACACUCGUUGUCCUUGAAAUUUGUGGCGCAACGGAAGAAAUUGAGGAGCUAAUGAAAAACACCGACGGCGGAUUCAAGAAGGUCCAAGAAGAACAUAGUAGAGCUCUAGCCACAGCGUUGUCUAUAAUCAACCAAAUAUCUUUAUCCUAG